AUGAAGUACUUGAAGCCGUGGUGGUCGGACGGCGGCAGCCUUCUUCACUUCACCAUCCUGCUGAGCUUGGCGGAGCUCCGCCUGGACCUGGACCUCGACCUCGACCUCGACCUCUACCUGCUGUUUGCGCCGCGCACUCUGCUUGGAGAUGAGCUGCUGCUCCGGAACGGCCAGACGAGGCACAUCUCCGCGCUCAGUCCUUUCCCGGCCUCGGGAGGGUGGGGGCGCGCGGAACUGCUGCACCCCAAGUGCUGGGAGCGGGACCCCGCGGCGCCGCCAGAAGGCCGGCUGCUCCGGGAGGUGCGCGCGUUGGGGGUCCCCUUUAUCCCCAGCACUCGAGUGGACGCGUGGCUGGUGCACAGCGUGGCUGCAGGCGACGCCGACGGGACGCACGCGCUGCUCGGCGCCGCAGCCGCCUCGUCUGCCGGGGGAGUGGGUGCCGGCGUGGACGGCGUUAGCCAGGCUGCUCCGGGUGGCGGCGGGGGUCCGCGAGCGGUUCAGAGUAGCCCGUUGGCCGCCGGGGAGGAGGAGAAGGCACCCGCGGAACCGACGGCUCAAGUGUCGGACGCCGGCGGACACGCGAGCGAGGAGAAUGAGGUAUUAAAAGGUGUGGGCCACAGUCCCCAGCAUGAAGAAAAUGAGCAAAGAUCAUCAACCCAAAAGGAAAAAUCACUACAGCAGAAGAAUGAAGAUGAAACUAAAGUAGCAGAUAAGCCUGCCUGGGAGGCAGAAAAAACCACUGAAUCUAGAAGUGAGAGAUAUCAAAAUGGAACAGAAGCAUUUUUCUCUCUGGAAGACUUAUUUCAAUUGCUUUCAUCGCAGCCUGAAAAUCUACUGGAGGGAGUCUCACUGGGAGAUAUUGCUCCUCUCCCCAGAAGUAUCAAUGAUGGCAUGAAUUCCCCCACACAUUAUAAUGUAAAUUUUAGCCAAGCUAUAAGUCAUGAUGUAAGUCUCCACGAGGCCAUGUUGCUAUGUUCUGACAAUACAUUUAGAAGGGAUCCAGUAGCAAGGACUUCACAGCCACAAGAACAAAUUCUACAGUUAUGUUCUCCUACUACUAAUACUGAACAGACCUUUCCUGGAACUAAUUUGACAGGAUUUCUUCCGUUUAUUGACAAUCAGAUGAGGAAUCUAAGCCAAGACCAUCUGUAUGACCUUGAUAUAAACAUAUUUGAUGAGAUAAACUUAAUGUCUUUGGCCACAGGUUUUGAUCCAAUGGAAGUUUCUUGGCUGCUUGAAGAACCAGGUUAUGAUUCUGGGCUUUCCUUAGACUCAAGUAGCAAUAGCACCUCUGUUAUCAAGUCUAAUUCUUCUCACUCUGUAUGUGAAGGUGCUACAGGUUCUAGCAGUGACCUUUCCCACCAUGACCUAGAAGGGGCUGUAGGAGGAUACUGUCCAGAGCCCAGUAAGCUUUGUCACAUGAAUGACAGGAGUGAUUGUCAUUUUCAUGGGGACCUUGCAUUUCAAUACGUAUCACAUAACCACACUUACCACUUACAGCCAAGUGCACUAGAAUCCACUUCAGAAUCUUUUUCAUGGCCUGGGAAGUCACAGAAAAUAAGUAGAUACCUGAAUGACACAGACAGAAACUUAAGCCGUGAUGAACGACGUGCUAAAGCUUUGCAUAUCCCUUUUUCUGUGGAUGAAAUUAUCCGCAUGCCUGUAGAUUCUUUCAACAGCAUGUUAAGCAGGCACUAUCUAACAGAUUUACAACUGUCGCUCAUCCGUGACAUUAGACGAAGAGGGAAAAAUAAAGUUGCUGCUCAGAACUGCCGAAAGCGUAAACUGGAUGUAAUUUUGAAUCUGGAAGAUGAUGUAUGUAGCUUGCAAGCAAAGAAGGAAACCCUUAAAAGAGAGCAAUCCCAGUUUCACAAAGCUAUAAACAUAAUGAAACAGAAACUGCACCACCUCUACCGUGAUGUUUUUAGUAGGUUAAGAGAUGAUCAAGGUAGACCAAUCAGUCCAAACCAGUAUGCUCUUCAGUGCACCCAUGAUGGAAGUGUUUUGAUUGUACCCAAGGAAUUAAUGAUCCCAGGCCAGAAAAAGGAAAACCAAAAGGGAAAACGGAAAAAUGAGAGAAAAAAUUGA